UCUCCCUCCACUCACUCCGACUUUCCGACACCUCACCUUCACCUUCACCUAACUAAACUUAACUAAUCAGUAUUCAGUAAUCAGUUAAGUUUCUCUUGAAUCUCUUCUAAAUUAGUGUAACUUAUCAUUGUAAAGUCUUUUACAAAAUAAUAAUAUUAUUUUGAUAUAAUAACAGAAGAAGAAAAACAUUGAUUUAAUAUGACGGUUUGUUCUUCAUCACAACGUAGGAGGAGAAAAAUGACUACUAAAUUGCAGGGAAUUGGCGACCACGAUAAAUUCUUGUCUCGAAUAACAAAAACUCUCUACUGUGGAAGAAAAAACCCAUACCCUGAUCAUUUCAGUCUUCCAGUUACAGAGCUGACAGCUGAGCUAUUCUCGGAAGUGAAGCACGGCUGUUCUCUUGACCGUCUGCAUGUAGACCAAGCCACAGAGAUUUCCCGCAACACUUGCGCCUCCCCUGCAUCUCUUGUAUUAGCAUUACUUUACCUCGAGCGACUCAAGACUUGCAACUCUGAAUAUAUUGAAAAAGUGCCCCCCUCUGAACUCUUCCUGGUCUCAAUGAUGGUUGCAAGCAAAUUUCUUCAUGACGACGGAGAAGAAGAUGAAGUUUUCAAUGCUGAAUGGGCGUACUCAGGAGGUCUCAAAUUGAAGGAAAUGAACCAAUUAGAAAGAGAAUUCCUUAAUGCAAUUAAUUGGGAAGUGUAUGUGAGCGAGUCAAUGUUCUGGGAAAGGCUGCGAUCGUUGGAAUCAAUGUUGGCUGUAAGAGAGGGCCGCAGCAGGGGAUGGUUCUCUUACACAGAGUUGGCAACGUUAAUACAUGCUUCGGAACUGGUGAACCUUGCUCAUACCCUCAUCACAGUAUCAGCAGUCUGCUUGACCAGUUACACAGCAAGUGUGUUAGUGAUGGUUGGAUCAACCAUUGCUACCAACCAGAUGUCUUGUAUUGCCACCAGUCUGAUGUCAGCUUCCACCACUACUUCCCACACCACCUAUCAUCUACCGAGCCUCACAGACUUCAACUGUGCGCCUGCGCCUACCACUCUGACAAACCAAUCAGUGGACCUUCCUACAAAUCUAGACCUUGAAAAUCUAACGCUUCCCCAAGAAACUGUGUAUGCCCGUAAUCCUGAGAGCCACUUUGUAAGAAAUAGAAAUGUAUGGACCGAACAGAAGGACUGGCUCACGGCUAUUUCUAACAUCAUAGCUUCUCAUCCGAGUACCAUAAUACCGGUAGAGAUCGUCUCUUACUGAUGAUUGAUUAAAGCGAAGAAAGUACUAAUCACUUCCAUUGACUAAAGGCUGUUAACAUUUUUAAAGGUCAGCUUAUUUUUGUAAUCAAGAAUAAUUUGUGUUUUUACCCAGGGUAUAUUGUAGUUUUGUAUAUAUAUUGGCAAGAAUUACACUAUGUAUACUAAAAGUAUAUUUUACUCAACAGAAUUUAUAAACAUAGCAAAUUUAUAUUAUUAUUUAUCUUUUUAACUAUUUUUUUGCAAGUAUUAAAUGUAUCAUCAUGUUUGCACAGAUGCUAUUUUGAAUAAUAUAUUUUUUUAAGUAAUGA